GCCAACCGCCAAGAAAAACUCCAGAAAGAAGGAGGAGGACCAUAGACAUAUGUCUAUGAGGAGGAACACUGCACGGUGUUUAGACGUUCUUCCUAUGAGCCGUGUGUCUUAAUUUUAUUAAUUAAAAAUAAAUUUCAACCAUGGUAAGCCGGUGCUGUAUUGUGGGGUGUAAGAGCGCAACACAUAAUCGCAAAGGGGAAAAACUUGAAAAUGGAUUAACUUUCCACCGCUUUCCUGCUUGGAGACGCGACCACGGAGAACAAGUAUCCCAGAUUACAAAGAGUCGUCGCCUCGCUUGGGUCGCGGCUGUAAAACGUAGAAACAUUACAUUCCACAGUAUCCCGACGUCGAUGAGAGUGUGUUCCCUGCAUUUUCAUUCUGGCAAACCAGCCUAUGAAAUGUAUGAGUGUCAUCCUGACUGGGCACCAACAUUACAUCUUGGGCACACAGAUGUUAAAGCAGUGAAUCCUGAGCGGUAUAAACGUAGGACAAGGAGGAAACAAGGUCUCAAACAGAACACUGCUGCACCUGCAACAUCACCAGAUCUGCCUGACAUAAUAGUGGAGAUAGAUGAUGUACCCCUGGUUAAAGAAGAACCACUGGAUGAAGAUGCACCACCAGAUGAAGUUUCACAGAGGUUACAGAUGGAUGAGGCUGCACCAAAGGAUGAACUUGUAGAACAGAAGGAAUGUCGUUUCUGUGACCAUAGUCCAGAAGCUGACCCGCCGGGGCCUGAUGAAGAUAUCGAGCAACCCGUCAUGGUCCCGACGGUCCUAGACCACGACUACUAUGGGGCUUGGGCGCCGCGUUCCAAACUUUUAUUCAUAAGUGAAAGCAAACCAGCCUAUGAAAUGUAUGAGUGUCAUCCUGACUGGGCACCAACAUUACAUCUUGGGCACACAGAUGUUAAAGCAGUGAAUCCUGAGCGGUAUAACCGUAGGACAAAGAGAAAGCAAGGUCUCAAACAGAACACUGCUGCGCCUGCAACAUCACCAGAUCUGCCUGACCUAAUAUUGGAGAUAGAUGAUAUACCCUUGGUUAAAGAAGAACCACCAGAUGAAGAUGAAGUUUCACAGAGGUUACAGAUGGAUGAGGCUGCACCAAAGGAUGAACUUGUAGAACAGAAGGAAUGUAGUUUCUGUGACUGUAGACGUGCUGAAAUGAACCACUUAUUAGAGGAGAACAGGUUACUGAAGGAAGAGCUCUCCAAAAAGACGAUCUCUGAGGAUUAUUUGGGAGAUGAUGAGAAGGUCGAGUACUACACUGGACUGCCGUGUUUAGCUGUUCUGAUGGGUGUGCUGACGAAGCUUCUUCCCUGCCUGAAACAGACACGAUGCAAGCUAUCGCCUUUUCAGAUGCUCUUCCUAACUCUGAUGCGCCUGAGGCUGAAUCUGCCAAUUCAGCACGUUGCACAUCUCUUCUGCAUAGAUCAAAAGACUGUGUCCACAACGUUCAGAGACACCAUAGGUGCCUUGUUUACCCACCUCAGCCCUUUGGUGCACUGGCCAGAGAGACAUUGCCUGAAGGGCGGCAUAUUACAACAGUUUGUAGAAGUUUUUGGGAAUCAUGUUGCGGUUAUUGUGGACUGCUUUGAAAUGAACACUGAGAGAGCAUCAAAAGAGAAUUCUAUAGCACAGACAUCUUCACAAAAGCACACACUGAAGUAUCUCAUUGGCUUUACUCCACGUGGAGCUACUGCUUUCGUUUCUAAAGGGUGGGAAGGGGGUUUCAGUGACAAGGAUGUGAUUGAGAGUAGUGGCCUUCUUGAUAAGCUAUUGCCUGGAGACUUAGUGCUGGUGGAUCGUGGAUCUGACACCGGGGACGUCGUUGGACUAAUGUGUGCAGAAGUGGAAAAUCAAAAGCUGGUUCCAAAAGAUGAGGUGGAGACACGUAAGAUAGCUCACCUCAGGGUCCAUUUGAAGAGGGUGAUCGGAUGUGUGCGCACAAAGUACACCAUGUUAAGUGAGGCCGUACCAGUGAGCAUGAUAGCCCCAUGUGAAGAUGAUGGAAUGAUAUUCCUUGACAAGGUUGUGACUGUGUGCUGUGCCCUUACUAAUAUGUGCCCCAGUGUUAUGAAACUGGAAAACAUGACAUAAACUGUACAUACAACAAAAUAAACGAGAACUGCUUAAACUUUAUUAUCGUCUCUCAUACCACAUUACUAUAAUAAAUGAUGAAAAAUUACUACA